AUGUGGCGUGACGACAGCCCUGAGCCUGAGCAGGCGAACAAGAGUGCUGAAACUUCCCCAGAUCGAUCCUCAAAAUGGGGGCAAAUAACUGUUGCUUGUAUGGAUAAGAAGGCUACAUGUGAUGAGGUUGAGCGGCUCCGUCAGCGAAUCAGAGUCGCAGAAAAACAAGUCGAGUUCUUUCAGGAAGGUCGGCUUCUUGCAGAGGAGCAGGCUCAUCAACGAGGUGAGCUGCUCGAAAAUGCCAUUCGGGAAACAGAAGUCGCCAGAAAAGAGAACCGAAUCCUCAUGACCAAAAUCGCAAGCCUGCAAGCUGGGGUUGAGAAGUUUUCAGUUGAAGAAGCUAAAAGCGAGAUGUGUCGACUCUAUAACGAUCUUGCAUACUGGAGGUUUACUCAUUUUGCGGCAAAGCCAACAACUCAUCAAAGAAACGAUGCUACACCAAGACCAGACAUCCUUGAUAUUUCGACAUUGGACAUUAUCCAAUCCGACAUUGCCGCCCUGAUCUAUCGGUCGUUUUGGAACCGAUUUAUGGUAGGAACCGAGCCAAUUUGGGGGAAUUAUCUCUCUAAGCUGGACUCCGAAAUUGAUAAACAAUGUAAGCGCUCGGAAAAGAAUCAUCACUGUCACUCUUCUCUAACCUCGGAAGUUUCUAACCUGAUCUCCCGGCAUUGGCGAUGCGCGAUGAGCACUGCUGUCGUGUCAUUGGGAACCCCCAGUUUACAAGAACAGUGCAACUUGAUCAUCGAGAAGGUGGAAGCCUGUUUCGGUCGCUACGCUACUACCGACAGGCCGAAACGAAUGCAACAACUACACGACAUCAUUGCACGCUGCAUCAAGUUAAAGCACAAACUGGACUGUCAGGAAGACAGAUACAUCUUCUGGGGCAGUUACCAAUACGGGCUGCCGUUCCGGGAUGAGAAAAUGCGCACCCUCAAAGAGGAGGAGAGCUCGGAUGGAUUGGUUCAGGCUAGCCUGUGGCCUGGUCUAUACAAGAUCGUUCAAAAGGGCGAAUGGUCUAUUGUUGAAAAAGAAAUUGUUAAAAAGAUUCCCCCAGUGACCCCUUCGGUGGAAAUGAGCGAUGAGAUGGAAUCCCACAAAGGUGACCCAAACUUGGAUGAGGUUUAA